UUCAUUUCACAAUGCCUUCUUCAGCUGCAGUGUUUUCUCUAGCUUGGGUGUUAAACAUCUUUCUGAGUUUGAACGCCAAUCGGAGCAAUCCAAGAAGAAGAAGGAGAGUUUACCAAGGAUGUCUUCGACGCAUGGGAAUGCUUGUGGAUCGGUUUGAGACCGAGGGUCCGCAGUACUGCAAGCUGAAUCCUAACGUGCCCAUACUGCGGUUGUGGUUCAACGUCGAGCUUGAGCUGAAGCGGGACUUCCGCCUCAGCAGACGAGCCAUGCAUGGUCUGCAGAGGCUUCUACGGAGGGACCAGGACCAUGGUUGGGGUCAGGACCUCGAAGUCCUCAUCUAUGUGUACUGGCUGGCUCAUGGACUUUCGUAUCGGGUUGUAUCCAGCGUGUUCAAUGUGCCAAGAUCCACAAUCCAUCGGAUCGUCCACAGAGUGGCACACAGCAUAUGGGUCAACCUGAAGCGAGCCAUCUGUUUCCCACACGCAGGAGAGCUUCAGGCAAUUGGGAAAGGAUUUGCCCAGAUUUCAGGGAGCCCAGCCUUCGGCAAUGUUGUGGGUGCAAUAGAUGGCUGCCACAUCAGGAUCAAACCCCCUCUACUGCACAGAAUCGACUAUUUGAAUUACAAAGGGUUCUUUUCGUUAAAUAUGCAGGCCAUUUGUAAUUCUGAUGGUCGAUUUCUUGAUAUAUUUGUUGGCUACCCGGGGUCAGUUUAUGACACAAGAAUAAUGAAAAACAGCAGUUUUUACACGUCAAAACGGUACCCUCCCCCUGGUUACAUUCUUCUGGGUGAUGGUGGUUAUCCCUGUUUAAAUACGCCCAUCUGCCUAAUAACCCUGUACAAAGAGCCCAUUCGUGGAGGUACAGGGGCGUUUUAACUACUACCAUUCAAGGGGGCGCAGCAUCAUUGAACGGGCGUUCGGAAUGAUUAAGACCCGAUGGAGGUCGACCCUUUUCCGUGCCCUGGAGGUUCGCCUGUCUUUUGCCCCUCUUGUUAUUGCGUCCUGUGCCUUUCUCCACAAUGUGUGCCUUGAAAAUGGCGACAUGCUAGAGCCAGAUGCAGAUGCGGAACUAGAUAUGCUUGACCCCCAACCUCCCCGUGGUCCCCUAGCAGAUAACCAGACCCCUGGUAAUGUAACAAGAGACAAACUGGCUGCCAUUGUCUCGGGCAACGAGCAAGACCUAAAUGUUUAACCUGAAAUGGUAUGUAUAUUUGACAUGUUUAAAUAAAGGAUUUUUUUAAUACUAUUUGUCCCUCGUCAUAUACCUUAUUUUGAAUGUCACUUAGCUACAUGUUAAAGGUGGUAUUAGAUAAUAAUCGGUUAAGAACAAGAACACUUUAGAAGAAACACUUUAUUUAAA